UACAAUUAAGGCUAAACGGAAGCGUAAGACCGUCGGCUCUACUCUUAAUAACCUAAAAAUUUUACAUUUUAUUUCUGUGUAUAUAAUUAUGUAUUAAUAAAAUGGCUUUGGCGUUAACUACAACUUUUACAAAGAGUACAGUUAAGUUCUUAGAAGAAAGAUUGUUGCUUCUAACAAUUUCAUGCGGGCCUGUAAGGAACAAAUCUAAACAAAAUCCAAAACCUAGACUUAGAAAUCCCACGUGGUUUACCCAGAAGCAUCGUGUUUCUUCAGAUGACAAUGUUACUUUGGAAAACAAGGAAUUUCUCAAAGAAGUAGUGCAAGAUCGCUAUUUCAAUGUCGACAACGAGAUAUCGAAGGAUUUAGCAAGUAACGUUAUUUGGCGACCAGGCUUACAGAGAACAGGAGUAAUGGCACGGAAAAUUGGAAUCUAUCCUAUGUGGUUAAAAACAGGAAAAAAGAUAUCAACUACGCUGCUACAAGUGUUAGAUAAUCAUGUUAUUAAAUAUUAUCCUCCAGAAGAUUAUGAUCCUCAAGUAAAGAGAGUUGGAAGGAUUUAUAAUAGAAAAGGAUGUCUACUUUUGGGAGCGGAAGGUGCUGAUCCUUCAACUUUUACACGAGAAUAUUGUGGAUUGUUUAAAGACUCAGGUGUAAUUCCAAAGAGACAUUUAGCAAGAUUUUUUGUCAGCCCGGAUGCAGUACUACCUGCAGGAACAUUGAUAUCUGCGUUACAUUUUCAGGCAGGCAAUUAUGUUGAUGUGAGAGGUUUAACGAUAGAUCGAGGUUUUCAAGGUGUCAUGAAGCGUCAUGGAUUUAAAGGAAUGCCUGCUUCUCAUGGUGUUACAAAAACACAUCGUCGUGGUGGUAACAUUGGAGGUGGUGGAGAAAAAGGGCGAGUUUGGCCUGGAACAAAAAUGCCGGGUCAUAUGGGCAAUCGCUAUCGAAUACUUAGAGGACUUAAAAUAUGGAGGAUUAAUACUAAGUACAAUGUUUUGUUUGUCUCUGGGCAAAAUAUACCAGGAGCGACUAAUUCGAUAGUGUACAUUUAUGAUACAAAACUCCCUGCUAGGAAACCUGCAGAACCUUUACCAUUUCCAACCUAUAUUGGAACAGGAGAAGAAUUGUCAGAGAACAUCUUUGACAAAGAAAUCCAUGAGUUUAGUGAACCAACGAUUGUAUAUAGUGAUAAAAAUUGAUUUAUGAAUAUGAAUAGAUAGAUUAAACUUAA